AUGGACACCACAUGUGUUCCGUGUUGCGACGGGCAGCUUCAUGCAUUGCAGGGGACUUGGCAGAACAUAGAGCUCCCCAACGAGCUCUACUUGGUGCAGGACCGCACUGUCUCCAGGGUCCGGCAGAGUACGUCCGAGAAGACCGUAUUCAAUAACGUGUUGGUGGUCGACAAAGUGCACGAUCGCAUCCAGUGGGGCGUUAAGGGGAAGUUUAUUCUCGGGUGGGUUUCUGGAGAGGAAUGCGCUGGUUUGCUGGAUGAGGUCUCAUGGACGGUGCCAGGGGCGGACACGCGUGCUCCAGGCGGCAGGACGAAAGAAUGGCGGUGGAAGCGUCUUGACUCCUCAGCCCUUCCAGCCGAAACAUUUUCCGAUUCGCUGGUCGUGGUGGCAGCGGAGGCAUCGCCAGAGGCUUUUUGGCCUCUUGCAAAUGCAGCGUGCAGCUCUUCGAUCGCCGCCUCCACAACUCCGUCCGCAACCGCGGCUGAAUCACACCUUUCCCAACCUGGCGCAGUCCCUGGGCUGGCUCUGGGAACGCCCCCCUCAGCGCCACGGCCAGUAGCGCCGAGGCCUCCGUCUUGCCCACCACCACCACACCUCGUGGCGCCUUCCCAGGCACUGGGCACGGAGCCAGAGGUGGUCGCGGCGAUCCAGGGACACUGGCUGAACAGCGCGGACAGCACGGAGUCGUACCGCGUGUGCGGCCUCGACGUCGCGCGCCACAAGGCCAGCAGGAUGGAGGUGAGGACGUUCCGGCUCCGCUGGAACGCGGCCUCCCGCCGCAUCGAGUGGGGCCUCGGCAAGUACUUCCUGCAGCCGCCGACCUCGGCCGCCAUGCCGCGCGCGGUCUGGACCCCGAGCGACGGCAGGGGCCGCGGCUUCUCCUGGACCCGCGCGGGCGGGCGGGCGGGCGAGCCGCCCGUGGCGCCCACCGCGAGCGGCCUCGGGCCCGCUGCCCUGUCGCCGCUGGGCCUGGUCAGCACGCAGCGGCCCCCGGCGCCCCCGCCGCCGCCCCCGCCGAGCGCCGCCGCCGCCGGGUGCGGCGCGGUGCUGCUGCAGCUGGCGGAGGCCGAGCGGGCGCAGCUGGAGUGGCAGCAGCGGCUGCAGGCGCAGGCCGAGCCGCAGCAGGGGUGGCUGCAGCAGCAGCUGCAGCAGGAGGCGCUGCGGCAGCUGCGGCACGUCUGGUGCCAGCACCACGCCGUGGCCGUGGCGCCCCAGCCGGCUCUGCACCGCGUGGCGCCGUAUUGA